AUGUAAUCACAACAAAAAACAACAUUUAAGAACAAUUAUCUACUUCACAUCCAGAAAAAUGCUUUAAUUUUAAAUGCUCUGGAUAAAUCACCUCAUGAGAUAUAUUCAAACCAUAAUAAAAAGAAGGCUCUUCUCAACCCAUUAAUGAUCACCAGCAUCUCAAACACUUCAAUAGGUAAAAAUGGUAAUACAAAUAAUUUCAAGCUAGUUGUUGACAAAAUUCAUUAGUAAUUUGAAUCUACUUAUGAUCUCUAACAUGAAACCUCAUAUUCCCCUGAAAAUAUUAGUACGAUUAAAAAUAAGAGUCCAAGUGCUAUUAAAAUUAUCAAUGGCUAUUAAUAGCAGAAAAAGAAUUAAGUUCUUAAAGACAUUUAGAAAAGGUUUGCAAAUCUUCUUCAUCUUAAAAAAUAAAACUAUAGCUUUAUUGGCUUCACCAAUUAAAAAGACUCAAAUGGAUCAUUUGAUUUGAAUGACUCAAAGAAAAAUAAUGAUAGCUAAGUUUCAAAUAGAGUACUAGAAUCAAGAUUAAGAAUUAGUGAUGAUUCCAGAUCAGUUAAUAGUAAAGGGACAGAUGAUGAGCAAGAUUUAGAAAAACUUAUUAAUAGACUAAAAAAAUAAAAUAAAAAACUAGAGACUAGACUUGAACACAAGCAAUAGAAUUCAAAACGUAAUAAAAAUGCAAAAUAAAGAAAAGAUAGUUUUAAGGAGAGCACAGGAUCAUUUAAGGGUUCUUCAGGAGUAACUAACUUAAAUAUGAGUAUCAAAGUAGAUGUGAAAAUGAAAAAUUUGAGAGAAUAAGAACCUCUAGUUUAAUCUAUUAAAAAUCAUGAGGUAAAGUAGAUUAAUACAGCAAUCAAUGCAACAAUGAUAAACAGCUUAGACUAAACGAAUAUUUAUCAAAACAUUACUAGCAGAGACAAGUUAAGCAACAAUGUAAACAAUAUUAACAACCAAAACUACUCAAUGUUUAUUAACAAAAUGCAUCUAUCUCCUCCGUAGUAAAUAAUAUCUCAUAGGCAGAUACAAAAACCCUAGAAAAUUGAUAUUCAUUCCUAUCAAAACUGGAAAAUUAACAACAUGAGAAGAAGAAAAAGGAAAGAUGAAAUAUUGAGAGAUAUAUAUCAUGAAUAUGUAGAUAAAAAUAGUACACAAUAAGAGAAUGGCAAGCUUGAAGAAAUCCAGACUUUGAAAAAUUUAGAGAUAUCUCAUCCGCAAUAUAAUUAAUCAACUAAAAACUAUCAGAAUUUUGAGGUAGGAGCUAAUUCAAUUCAGCACAGAUAAUUACUGCCAGGGUAAUUCACUAAUUCAAAGGGUAAAAAACAAUGCAACUUUGCAUAAAUUAGAGGAUUCACUCAGAAAUACAGUUGA